UAAUUUUUUUCUGUUUAUUUUAAAUAAUAAAUUGUGAAGAAGACGACUACGUGCAGUCCUUGCUGGGUCUACUAUGUAUGGGGUUCACCUUUUCCCGAGUUAAAAAAAAAAAAGAGUAAUAUAAAUGGUAAUCAAUGUUUUCUGGGGCAAGUCUCUCUCUCGGAAAACAGAGUAGAAUUUGGAUUUAAUUACACUUUCGAAACUCUGUCAUCAAAACCUUCGAUCCCUUCCAAUGAUCCUACCUCAUGAUCAAAAGAUUUGAAUAAACCUGCCCUUGAUUGAUUGAUUGAUUCUUUAUAUGUUUGUACCAUUACCAACAAGAUGGCUAUCUCUCCAUCAAAACCCCAGACACGGAGUUUCACUAGAGCUUUGUCAUUAGCCUUCAACGAGUGGCUACUCAUCCUCAUGCUCUUCAUCAACUCCAUCUUCUCCUACCUGAUCACAAAGUUCGCAGACUACUCCGACCUCCAAUCUCCAUGUCUCAUGUGCUCAAGUCUUGAUCACAUCCUCGGAAGGACGACAAAACAUCUGAAGAAAUCUCAUUGGGACAUGGUCUGCUCCAAACACAAAACAGAAAUCUCCUCGUUGGUUUACUGUCACGCUCAUGGCAAGCUCGUUGACGUCAGGGGAAUGUGCGAGGCUUGUCUCUUCUCCUUUGCUACGACCAAUAAGUCAAACGCUGAGACUUACAGAUUGUUGGUUGGGAAGUUGGGUGAAGACUUUUCUUCCUUUGGAGGAGGAUCCAAGAGUGAUCCGAGAAGAUACUGCACUUGUUGUAAUCAGCUGUGGAUGAUGCCGCAACAAACCGGUUUUAAUGAUCAGGAGGUGGUGUUGGCUAAACCGGUGACGCUACCAAAGAUUCGUGUGGUUGGUAACCUGAGAACAGGGAAACAAUCUAAUACACCAAAGAAAAGUGUCAGUUUCAAUCAUUUGCCUGAUGUUGGAUACACCGAGCUCAAGGUUCAUUCAGAUACUGAAUCAGAAGCUGUGUUUUCAGAAGAUGAAGGUGUAGUAGCGUUUAAGGAAAAGAAUGAUCAUAAGUUUCAAAACGUGGAUUUGGAGACUCCUCGAGUUAUCACCUUGCCUUAUGAUAUGGCUACCGAUAAGCUGCUAGACCUUGACUUCCCUUCGCAAGAGAUCGGUUUGAGAAGUUAUGAUUCCUUUUUUCCUGAAACGUCAGAGAAGGUGUUGAAGGAGAAAGAGAUGAGUUCAUUAGAUAGUCUUUUCUUUUCUGAUUCUGCAGCUGUUUUGAAGGAGAAAGAAGAUUUGAUUCACUUCCAAGAUGUUUCUUUAACACCAGAUGCUUCAAUGGAGGAGACAGAGCUUGUUCCGGUUAAUGUUGUGCCUGAAGAAACAUCAAAGAAGGCGUUAAAGGAAGAAGAGGUCCCUUCAUUAGAUAGUAUUUUCUUUUCAUUACGCUCCACGGAGCCUUUUGCAGCUGUUUCCAAGGAGACAGAGUUUGUUAGCCUCAGAGAUAUUAUUUCAACAUCAUCAGCUGCAGCUGAAGCUCUCUUAAUGAGAGAGGCUGAGGGAGAUUUGGUUCAACUCCUAGAUAUGUCAUUAACACAAGAUUCUAAGGAAAGACCUGCAGAUGCCUCAGUGGAGGAGGCUGGGCUUAUUUGCCUCAAUGAUGCUACUUCAACAACAUCAUCAGAUGCUGCUGAAACUCCUGAAGAUGAUGUCUUAAUGGGAGAGACUGUUUUAAAGGAGAAAGAAGAGCUGGUUCACCCACAAGACGUUUGUUUAGGUGAAGAUUUUGAGGUAAAUCCUGCAGAUGCAUUGAUGGAGAAGACUCAGCUUGUUUGCCUCAAUGAUCUUACUUCAACAUCAUCAGAUGCAUCUGAAACUCCUGAAGAUAUCUUAAAGGGAAGUGAACAAAUGCCUCUCCAUGAUACAUCUCAACACGAGGUUCCUGAAUCAUUCACUACAAAUGAAACCCCUGUCGAAACGUCAAAGGAGAGAGACACAAGCCAAGAUGAUAUAGCCUCUCUGGAACCUGAGUAUGUAGUUGUAUCACCUUCAAAAUCUGCACAAUCCAUGCCUGAAGAUUCAACAGAAGACUGUGUAUCAGAAGACAAGGAAACAAAAGAGACCAUGGCUUCUCAGACAGAAGCUGCUCCUGAGUCAGAAUCUGCAUCUUUCAACUCAAUGUCGGUGGCAGCAGAUACAAACCUUGGUUCAGGUGAGUUGCUGGAUCUUGCUGAUACAUACAACUCCAUCCCACACAACGAGGAUAGCAAUGAAGAAGCACACAUAGAGCAAUGGAUGAAGAAAGAUACCUCUAGAGUUAGCGAAGACCUUAAAACACUACUCACUCAUAUCUCAGCUUCUCGUGGGAUAGAGCUUCUGUCUCCUAGAGGUAUAAGCCCCAAGAUAUCUACCGAUCAGGAGACAAAGGACUUAGAUCUAGACAUGCAGUUGCUAAUCCAAAAGAGAAUGCUGGAGAGGAACGAGAGCAACUUAUCGUUAGAAGAAGUUUCCGUGAGUGAGAUAGAAGGAGAAAGCGAGAGUGAUCGGUUGAAAAGACAAGUUGAUUACGACAGGAAGCUUCUGACUGGUUUGUAUAAAGAGCUGGAGGAAGAGAGAAGCGCUUCAGCUGUUGCUACAAACCAAGCGAUGGCUAUGAUCACGAGGCUGCAGGAAGAGAAGGCGUUGUUUCAGAUGGAGGCCUUGCAGAACCUUAGGAUGAUGGAAGAGCAAGCUGAGUACGAUAUGGAGGCGAUACAGAAACUGAACGAUUUGCUUGUUGAUAAAGAAAAGCUUAUUCAAGAUUUAGAAGCUGAGAUUGAGUACUUCAGAGACCAGACCCCACAGAAGAGGAAGGUAGAUGCUGCAGAGAAUAGUGAGACAGUGAGCAACAAGAUACAGAACUGUUUAACUGGGUUCAACGAAGAGAGACUAUACAUCACAAGUUGUUUGGAGGAUCUUGAGAACAGGGUGGUUAAAAGAGAUGUAAACGGUGAGGCUCGUGGUGAUGAUUUAGAAACACAAGAAUCUGUUUCUGAGCUAGGUGAGAGAGUAGAGAAGCUGAAGGGGGACUUGUAUUUUCUGGAACAUGUUGUGAAUUCUCUGGGGCAUGGGGAUGAAGGCGUGCAGUUUGUCAAGGAGAUAGCUUCUCAUUUGCAAACUCUGCGGAGUCUCAGCAUGAAAAGACGUAAUGAUGCAGAGAGUUGAUGCUACUGUCUACCUCUAAAACAAAACCUUCACAAAGAUAACUUGGUGGAGAAGAUAUUGCAGAGAAAUACUAAAAGAAGAUAAAGAGUGGUGAAAAAAGCUUAAGGAAUCUGUACAGCAUCUUCAAGAUGGCCUUUUCUUCUUUCCUACACAAUAACAAUCUCAGUAUUUUGCAAUUUUUACAGGAAUCAUUCAUAUUUUUGGGGGUUGUUCAUAAUUUUCUUUUUGGAUUUGUUUUGCAUUUUCUAUUGUUUUUCUUGUGCUGAAGUUCUCAUUUAAACAUUCUUUAAAUAGAUUGAUAAUUUUGUUUAUAAUGUCAAAAGUCAUGCAACUUUGCUGCA